AUGUCCGACUCGCGACGCGUCUGGAGUAUCGAAGCCAUACGCGAGCUCACGUUGAAGCACUUCGGCAAACGGCCAUGUCUGUUUCAAAUCCAGGUAGCAAUGGCCAUCUAUUGUGACCAGAAGGAUGUUGUUGCCUGCGCACCAACGGGGUCUGGAAAGACUUUGUCGUUCUGGAUUCCUCUGAUCAUGGCGCAAGCGGACGGAUUAAAGAAAUUGAUGAUCGUGGUGACGCCGUUGAAUUUGCUAGGCCAGCAGAAUGUUGACGACUUGGCAUCGGUUUGUAUUCGAGCUAUAGCAAUCAAUAGCGAGAACAAUUCAGUAUCCUUAUGGAAGGACGUGAAGAACCACCGCUUCGAUGUCCUUAUCAUUAAUCCGGAGAUCUUGAUGAGUAGCAGCGAGGCAACGGCUCUUCUCGAAGACGAGAAGUUUGCGUCAUCAAUCCUACAUAUUGUCUUUGAUGAAGGCCAUUGUAUCAGCGAGUGGGGGAAAUUCCGGAAGGAUUACACUCGCCUGGGUGCCCUGCGUCACACAAUCCAAUCGAUUGAAAGGAUCCCGCUCUACGUUGCAUCUGCUACACUGCCGGAAUCGAUUCUCGUCAGCAUCGCGAAUACGCUCCAGCUAAGAGACGAGCGAACACGGUACAUUCUGCAGUCGAACGAUCGUCCGGAGGUGGCUCUUCUAGUGCGAAUGUUGGUUUAUCCUGCCAACGGCUACAAGGAUCUUGAAUUUCUGUUGCCAGGCAAACAGUAUUGCGACAAUCCGCCAGACAAGUUUAUCAUCUUCUUCGAUAAUACGAAGGAAGCAGAGGCAGCGAGAGACGUCCUACGAAAACGACUCAGUACCGCCAAUAAGAAACGUGUGAAGCACUUCCACUCAACAAUGACUCAAGAGUAUCGUCAAGAGGAAUACGAGCGCUUUCGACGAGGUGAGGUAUGGGGAAUAUGCUCAACCGAUGCCUUUGGUAUGGGAAUGGACUUACCUGAUAUCCAGGUAGUUGUCCAAUGGCGCCCCACCUGUGGAUUAAAUACACUCUUUCAACGGUUUGGCCGUGCCGUGCGAGAAAGAGGAAGGACAGCGGUAGCAAUCUUGCUUGUUGAUAGAAAGGAUAUGGAUGAGACACGCAGCCAUCGAGGGUCCAAGCGGAAGGCGACAGAGGCUGAGAACGAUUUGCCUCGUAAACAGGUUGUACUUACCGGCAGUGGCAGCGUUCGCAAUGCAGUCCCCGUCCCCCAACAGGCGAAUGAAGAUGUCGGCGUGGAGGAGGCCCAAGUAAUCGUCGAUGGCACUGGCGUUAAUGGGGCAAGUCCUGUAUCGAUGGAUCCUACUGAGUGCGCAAAACGAUAUCAGAGACAGGCGAGGAACGGAGAGACGCAAAGAGGGAGGGGAAAGGGAAGAACCAACGACGUGGGCACACCAAUGGAUGAUUUCAUCAACUCCCACGUAAGGGGCCUUGCUUGCCAGCGUAUCAUUCCAUCCACAUUCUUCGGCAAUGAUGACAGAAGUAAGUCACUUGAUACAAUUGCCGAGCCAAUAAGGAAGUAA